CCCCCUCCUGUAUGUGUAGCCAGGGAUGACGCUCUUGGUGUUGGUGGUGCUAGCGGUGCUUGACUGCUGCCGUGGCUUUGUAGCAAUCCCUCCGGCACUGCCAUUACGUGUCACUCGGCCGGCCUGGUUGCCGUCAGCAGGAGUCACCUCUGGUUUGUCCAUGUCCACGCCUACGAUAUAUGGAGUUCCCAACAGCGGGUGGAAAUCCCCACAGUGGAACUGGGGAUCAGCCUCGGGGACCGGGCAUGAUUGCGCAGCGAUCUGCCGAAGGACAUAUGGAACGAAAGAAGCUCGGCAAGAGCUGGUCUCCAGCCUACUGUCGGGCGGGACUGCUGUUGAUUUUGAGGAAGUCAAGCUGACAAUGGCGCUAGCUUGGCAGAAUGGGCGGUGGGACGGGAGCGACGGCGGCGACGGUGGAUACGGAGACGUGCUGACGAUGAUGGCGCAGGCAAAGCGGUACGAGGAAGGCUCGGAAGAGGAGCGUGCACGCAAGCUUGUCGAAGACAUGCGGCCGAGGUUUGCUCUUUUGAGCCCAACCAAGGAGCAGAUGGUUGCGAUGGAUGAGCUGACCGCAGAUUCGAAUGAUGUACUCGCAGCACGCAAUCGAUGCUGUGGACUAGUUCUACAAGCAAUGGGAUUUGUUGAGAACGGUUGAUGGCCUACUCAACUAUGUCUGACAAAACGUAACUAUUUUUAAAUAGUACCCCAAUUGGCGAAUAACCCCCGUCAAACUUAGUAUUUCUGUACGAAGCUCGCCCCGGUUGAGACGUCGAGCGCGAUAGGCUAAUGAAGUCGCGUGCAGUUGUGCCUCCAGCUGUUUCAGGUCAAGGGAGGCUGCAGUCAGCACCCGUAGUGUGUGCGUGUGUUUUGUUGGAGUAUAGUAUAAUAAUUGGUGCAGAUGAGACUGGCUACUAGUCUAUUCUCUACUUCUCCUUCAGCAGCAAUGAACUCAUGGUUGACCUAUUUCUGAAUGGUGCGAUUUUGGUUUCAUGAUUAUCCGCGUUCAACAUGAUCCGUCGCAGUUUCACAUACAAUCUGUGCUUCACGCACCACACCCUCGCGCACAUGUACCCAGAUUGCCUCAAGAGAAACAAAACCGACCAUGUUUCAUGGGACACAUGGUGUGCCCUGU